ACCAGGCAGAAGUUAUUCAUCUAGCCAUUGGCCCGUGCUGAUAUAGUUUAUUGAAGCUGUGCCACCUUCCACCUGGCUGCCUACCAUUUUCCCCGGGUCACACCUCACUGAUCUCUGACAAGUCCUCAGGUUUUGGUUUUUCCUGUCGUCAUGGAGGAUUCCUCAGAGCAGUCCCACUGGGUGUCCCCAGCUCUGAUCAGCUCUGAUCCGCUGGGCAGCUUCCCCUCUGAGCCUGGCCUCCUACCUCCAGGCGAAGAGGGAGAGGCCUUCUUCACCAACCCAGACACGGACUACACCAGCCUGCCGUCCUUCUUCUCCAGCCCCAGCCACAGCCGGGCCCCGUCUGCCUACCGACACAGCUCAGUUCGUCAGGUUUACACCUCACCAUCCCUCCUAACCAACCUCCAGUGGCUGGACGGGCCGGGGACCCACUCCUUGAGCUCGCCCUACAACUCGCCAGCCUGCACCUGGAGCAGCAGCCCUCUCACCAAGCCUCCCCAGCACUCACACACUCCCACAUCCCUUUUCACCUCCAGCAGCACGUCUUCCUUCACCACCUCCAGAGACGGAUAUUGCUCCCCAGACAGGGAGGGCAAGACAAGCCCGCGGCUUCAGGAGGCCCUGAAGGCCGAGCGUUUGAGCCCGCUGGGGGGCUCAGUAGGUGGGGGCAGUUUUCUGAAUCUCACCUCGGCUGCCGGGGGUAUGUACACACCGUCUCCCCACUCCCAGUCACACAUGCUGAGCCCCUACAGCUCGUACAUGGCGUCUCCACAGGAUUACAGUGCAGCCAGCCUCUACUCCACCCCGGGGGCGUGGAUAAGCCCCUCAUCCUACUCCCCGAAACUUCGCAACAAGAUGAGGCUCUCCCCACCAGAGGCCAGAGAGUGUGUUAACUGUGGAGCCACAGCUACCCCUCUGUGGCGUCGGGAUGGUACGGGCCACUACCUGUGUAACGCCUGUGGACUGUACCACAAGAUGAACGGCCAAAACAGACCCCUAAUCCGGCCCAAGAAAAGACUGAUUGUCAGCAAGCGGGCAGGUACACUAUGUGCCAACUGUCACACAAGCACGACGACACUGUGGAGGCGCAACGCCAGUGGAGAGCCUGUGUGUAACGCCUGUGGACUCUACUUCAAGCUGCACAAUGUGAACAGGCCCCUCACCAUGAAGAAGGACGGAAUUCAGACGCGGAACAGGAAAGUGUCCAGCAAGAACAAGAAGAGCAAGAAGAACGCCAUGUUGGAGCCGUACGCUGACGUAGCCCAGGUGCCCCCCCUCGACGAGAACGGUGGGCCCUUUUCCCUCGGCCACGGGUCUCUUCUGACCUACAGCCACACGCCACACCUGAUCCCGGCCCCGCCACCCCUGCACCCCUCCGCCACCUUGCCCUUCACACACCACCCCAACAGCGGCAUGGUGCCCACACUUGUGUGAAAUGAGUACUUUGACUCAGCAGAGCCUGGCUACAUCAGACCGCAGGGACACAAACCUUGUCUAAUGAACGCUUUGUACAUGUAGGAAUCCAUACUUGCUUGCUUGCCACUUAUUUCUGUGAAUUUGUCCAUAUCUCUGCAUUGUAUGUAACAUGGUUGAGACGCGUUUUUACAAAAGUGCUGGAUUUCCGAUUCUUUUUUUCACUGUAUUUGGGGGCUGGAAGGCUAAUUUUGUAGAUAUUAUCAUCAUGAUAUACUUGUUUGAAAUAAUGCAAGCGCUCUGCUGAAACUGUUGCACGUGUAACACACUAAGGGAGAUGUUUCAGCUGUAAAUACAAACGACAUUGUGUUUUUUGCAAUGGCAAUCCCUCAAAAAAAAAAAAAAAAAAAUCUU